CGUCCCGCUGACCUACUUUAUGACAGCAGAGAUCCCUUUAUUGAUUUUAUUUGAUUAUUAUUAUUGAUUAUUAUAUUGUGUGUAUCGUGAUAUAGAUCCUCAGGUCACACUCCAGAUCAGUGGGUGGCGGUACUGCACCUCGAAGCUGUUUGCCAACCGCCAGUAAACACAGAAGAAGAAGAAGAAGAAGAAGAAGAAGAAGAAGACGCUGAUGUUGACAGCAGAGGUUAUAUCAGCCGAUCAACGAUAAACGUCUUUAACAUCGCUCCCGAGAGCAGCGGACACUGACCCUGGCACGAUCCCGUAAACCUCGCUCUGAUCGCGCUCGGAUCCCGCCGGUUACCGGAAGACAGAUCUGCUCGAGAGGGAACUCGGACACACGCCAGUGAGUGACGUCACUCACAGCAGCAGCGCGUGCACUCAUUCUCAUUUCAUCUGGGAGCACUUUACAAAUUUAUUGAUCUGGUUUUCAGUAUGUCCUGCUCGUGCGGAGCUGCAGUGAGGGUGAUUAUAAAGUCUGUCCAUAGAGGUGUUUCUCGCUCGCGUCUUCAGCUCUUCAGACACACUAGAGCGGUCCGUCCUCCUGCACUGGUGCUGGUGAGGGCGUUCUCUCACACUGCGCUGUGUUCGGCGUCUAAAGACGAAGGUGGAAAGAAGGGUGUAGGUGAGGCGGGCGGGAAGCGGGCGUCCGGCGCCGGAGGCUCAGGGAAAGGUGGCAGUCAGCUCAGAUGUCCCAAAUGUGGAGAUGUGUGUACACACGUGGAGACUUUUGUGUCCUCCACACGGUUUGUGAAAUGUGAGAAGUGCCAUCAUUUCUUCGUGGUUCUGUCUGAGACGGACUCUAAGAAGGGUUUGAACAAGGAAACGGAGAGCUCGGAGCAUAGUAAAUCUGCUUUAGCUCAGAAACCCCCUCCACCUCCUAAAAAGAUUUAUGCCUACCUCGACAAAUAUGUUGUGGGCCAGUCAUACGCCAAGAAAGUGUUGGCCGUGGCCGUCUAUAAUCAUUACAAACGGAUCUACAACAACCUCCCGGCUGCAGGACGACAGCAAGCGGAAACAGACAAACAGAGCUCCCUCUCUCCCAGAGAGUUAGACAUCAGAAGACGUGAAGAUGAAUACAAGUUUACAAAGCUGCUUCAGAUCGCUGGCAUCGGUCCCCAUCGCAACGCUCUGGGUGCGUCUGUCCAGCAGCAGACCAAUCAGCAAGCUCCUCAAGACAAAAGGGGCAGGGACCUGCUUGACUCCGCCCACACUGAUAUUAAGCUGGAAAAGAGCAACAUUGUGUUGCUGGGACCUACUGGAUCAGGUAAAACCCUGCUAGCCCAGACUCUGGCUAAAUGCUUGGAUGUUCCCUUCGCCAUCUGUGAUUGUACGACCCUGACCCAGGCGGGAUAUGUAGGCGAGGACAUCGAGUCUGUUAUUGCCAAACUUCUGCAGGACGCCAACUAUUCAGUCGAGAAAGCCCAGCAAGGCAUAGUGUUUCUGGAUGAGGUGGAUAAGAUUGGCAGUGUGCCUGGAAUUCAUCAGCUGAGAGAUGUCGGGGGCGAAGGAGUUCAGCAGGGUUUGCUGAAAUUGCUUGAGGGGACAAUCAUUAAUGUUCCAGAGAAGAACAGCAGGAAGUUGAGAGGAGAGACCGUGCAAGUCGAUACAACCAACAUUUUGUUUGUGGCUUCGGGUGCCUUCAACGGGCUGGACAGGAUCAUCAGCCGUAGGAAAAAUGAAAAGUAUCUUGGUUUUGGGACGCCCUCUAACCUGGGAAAAGGGCGUCGAGCUGCAGCAGCUGCAGAUCUGGCCAAUAGCUCAGGGAAUGAAGUGGAUGCAAUGGCAGAGAUUGAAGAAAAGGACCGGCUCCUGCGGAACGUUGAAGCACGGGACCUCAUCGAGUUCGGCAUGAUCCCAGAGUUUGUAGGCCGUCUGCCUGUGGUGGUGCCACUGCACAGUCUGGACGAGGAGAUGUUGGUGCAGAUCCUUACAGAGCCUCGUAAUGCAGUGGUCCCUCAGUAUCAGGCCCUCUUCAGUAUGGAUAAAUGUGAGCUGAAUGUAACUCCAGAUGCAUUAAGGGCGAUCGCCCGUUUUGCUCUGGAACGGAAGACAGGAGCCAGGGGUCUCCGCUCCAUCAUGGAGAAGCUCUUGCUGGAUCCCAUGUUUGAGGUGCCUCAGUCUGACAUCAUUGCAGUGGAACUGACUAAAGAGGUGGUCCAGGGCAAGUGUGGACCACGCUACGUUAGAGCUCGUCCCAAAGAACCCGAGGAAGAGUUGGACUCGGCCUCUGAGGAAGACAGCUGGCCCAGACACGCCGACGCCGCCAACAGCUGAACGUGAAGCUGCUGAGUGCACAUCGUGUCAUUAUUCCCAAAGCCAUCCUUCCAGCUGGACCUAAACCAAGAGCGGUGUUUCUAGAUUUUUAAACCACGGCACAAUCAACAACAGUUGGAAUAUGUAUUACAUUAAAUAUGGUGCAUUUAAUAACCUCAUGCAGAUAUUAAAGUGUCAUUUGCACUAAUCGAUCUUAUUUUCAAUCUCUGGUGAUUGAUGAUAUUUGUAUCUGUCGAAAGAUAAUUAUUCUAUACUUAUAAAGACGCUGGUGGGUGACUUGUUGCUCGUUGUCGGUGUGCGAACAUAAUAAGGGAAGCGAACGGAUUAUGUUGAAUUUUUAAUAUUCCUGGUGCAUGAUACACCUGACAUGUCCUUUUUCAGCAGGACACCGCACAUGUGAUAUCUUCUUAUGCCUCUGUUUAACCAUGAUGAUCAUUUCUACAGCACAAGCCUCUAUUACAUACGUCCAGUUUUUAAGUUGAACUGUUUUCUCAGACAGUUACUGUUUUACUGUUAACUUAAGAACUGAACAAACAAUGUGAUAAUAAAUUUGACAAAAGUUGCACACAC